UAAUUUUACCACAGCAGGCUAUGUAUUAAUCAUUGCAAUGUUUUUACUGUUAUUCAUAUUUUACAAAAUGUACUUUAGCAUUUUCUGCAGUUGUUGUUUAAUCAAUCGUUAGUUGGAUUAAUAGCUUAGUUUCUUUUUGUUUUUAAUUUUUUCUAGGUGUGACUAUUGCUCCAACUGCACAGCUGACAGACAGAAGACGAUCACAAGAGGUGGAGAUCUGUAAGAUGAAGCUAGAGUGGCAAAAGGAUAAGAUUGAUGAGCUCACCAAAGAAAGAGACUAUCUAAAGGAGCAAUUAGCAGCAUGUCUCACAAAAGAACCCACAAGGUCUGUCCAGCAUCCCAGUGACGUACUGAGCAUGUCUUCACUUUCCUCUGACGGGUCAUUUGAUAAGGGUUCUGACUCCUCCAUGAGCACAACUUCAUCAGAUGAAGACAGUCAGAAGAGGAAGAAGAAAGGCAAAGCCAAAAAGAAUAAGAAGUCAAAGAAACAUGACCAAAUUGCAAGAACAAGAGCCCAGAAUCCCAGACAAGUUGUCUCCCGGUAUGAGAGGAUUUUGAGGCUGUUCAAAAGAGGAGGGACCAUGUCAGCUGCCUUUAAACGUCUGGGAGUGGACCGGAACACAAUUGUGGCAACUGCUCCAAUUGCUGAGCUUUUCAUUGUCGCACCUGAUAGUGUGCUGCAGCAAUCAGUGCAGAUCCAGAACUAG